GGACUGCAAAACCAACAACAACAACAAAAAUAUCCACUACACCUCGUGUUGAAACUUCAACACCAUCAACAGGCACUAGUCCUGAAACUACAAUAACUACAGAACAAGUCACCACAACAUAUUAUAUUGAAACACCUACUCCAACAGGGACUGAAAAACCAACAACAACAACAAAAAUAUCCACUACACCUCGUGUUGAAACUUCAACACCAUCAACAGGCACUAGUCCUGAAACUACAAUAACUACAGAACAAGUCACCACAACACCUUAUAUUGAAACACCUACUCCAACAGGGACUGAAAAACCAACAACAACAACAAAAAUAUCCACUACACCUCCUGUUGAAACUUCAACACCAUCAACAGGCACUAGUCCUGAAACUACAAUAACUACAGAACAAGUCACCACAACACCUUAUAUUGAAACACCUACUCCAACAGGGACUGAAAAACCAACAACAACAACAAAAAUAUCCACUACACCUCGUGUUGAAACUUCAACACCAUCAACAGGCACUAGUCCUGAAACUACAAUAACUACAGAACAAGUCACCACAACACCUUAUAUUGAAACACCUACUCCAACAGGGACUGAAAAACCAACAACAACAACAAAAAUAUCCACUACACCUCGUGUUGAAACUUCAACACCAUCAACUGGCACUAAAAAACUUGAAACCACAACAUCUCCUGAAAUCGUUACAAAUGCAAAGACCACAAAACCUCAAACAGCAGAAAAUGUUGUGAACACCACUGCCACCACCAAAACAACAACAAACACAGAAGCACCUCGUCCAACAACAAUCACUGAAAAACCCAUAAUAACUACAGAACAAGUCACCACAACAACUUAUAUUGAAACACCUACUCCAACAGGGACUGAAAAACCAACAACAACAACAAAAAUAUCAACUACACCUCAUGUUGAAACUUCAACAUCACAAGGCACUAGUCCUGAAACUACAACAACUACAGAACAAGUCACCACAACACCUUAUAUUGAAACACCUACUCCAACAACAGGGACUGAAAAACCAACAACAACAACACAAAUAUCCACUACACCUCCUGUUGAAACUUCAACCCCAUCAGAACAACUCAUCACAACACCUUACAUAGUGAUCUCUUCCACAUCAGGAACUAGAAAGCCCACAACAACACCAACUACAGAAAAGUCCACUACAUCUCUUAUAGAAACACAUACCCCAACAGGAGGCACUAAAAAAUCAGAAACCUCAACAACAAUCACACAUAAAUCCACCACAAUCAUCACUGAAACACCAAUGACACCAGCGAGCACAAGUCCUUUGACAACCACAAUAACUACAGAAAGGCCCAGUGUUGAAAGUACAACUGCAGAAUUUUCAACACGUGGCAGAACAACUCUGUGCUCCUGCCAAUACAUGAAUCAGAAUUACUCACCUGGUACCUUUAUGUACAACAAGACUGAUGGAGAAGGCUGGUGUUUUACUGCAUACUGCAAUUUGACAUGCGGAGUUGAAAAGCAUGCCAGACCAUGUCACACUACUACUCCAAGUCCUCCUGCUUCCACGACGAGGUCUACCACUACAGCGACCACUAGUUCAACAACACCUAAAAGGAAAGACUGUACAUUUCUCACACCACCAAGAAAGGAUGGUGAAUUGUGGCAUCCAGACAAGUGCACCCACAGCACCUGUGAAAAUGGCGUAGUACGUACAGAAUACAUGAAAUGUAAUUCAACACCUAUACCAGUUUGUACGAAUGGCUUCCCACCUGUCAAGGUUUAUGAUAAAGGAGGCUGCUGUUUUGAGUACCAGUGUAAAUGUGUUUGUUCUGGUUGGGGAGAUCCCCAUUACAAUACAUUUGAUGGCGAAUAUUACAGUUUCCAGAAGAACUGCACGUACGUCUUGGUCAAAGAGAUAAAUCCCAGAUACAAUUUAACAGUUCUUAUCGACAAUGAAAAUUGUGAUGCCUCUGGAACUGUGACAUGCCCCAAAGCUCUGAUUGUAUAUUACAAAAACCAUGUAGUCACUCUUACACAAAAUCGAAUCCCAAAAACAGAGAACCUGGUGUCCAUUAAUGGCCAGAAAGUGAUUCCUACCUAUUCAACUCAAGACUUCAUCAUUACAUCUACAGCAAUUGAGAUGCUUCUAAAAAUCCCAGAGAUUGAAGCCACUAUUACAUUCAGAGGGCUUUCAUUCAUUGUAGACUUGCCAUUUUCACUUUUCCACAGCAACACAGAGGGACAAUGUGGUUACUGCGACAAUAAUAAGACUAAUGACUGUAGGUUACCAAAUGGGAGGAUCCAUCCAUUAUGCUCUGAGAUGGCAUAUGACUGGCGUGUAGAGACUAAGAGUAAACCAUAUUGUAAGGAUAGACUGCCUACAACAUCUCCAUCUCCACCUCCACAUGUACCAUGCAACCCAGUCAUCUGUGAAAUCAUAAAGCACGAGAUGUUCAAGAAUUGCCACAAGAAAAUUCCUCCUGAGCCAUUUUAUGAAGCUUGUAAAUUUGAUGCUUGCCACAUGCCAAAUUCCAACAUUACUUGCUCCAGUCUGGAGACAUACGCCUUGAUGUGCGCUGAGGCAUCUAUCUGCUUUGACUGGAGGAACCUUACCAAUGGACAGUGUGCUUACAAAUGUCCAGAGAAUAAAGUCUACAAGCCUUGUGGUCCAACUAUUGUCGAAUCUUGUAAUGCAGGAUACAAUAAUAAGCUCAAAGAGCAGUGUAAAGGAGGAGGCGCUGCUUGCAGUGGAACAAUGGAAGGAUGUUUCUGCCCUGAAGGGAAGAUUUUGUUUGGUCCAGACUCUAAUACCUGUGUCUCAUCCUGUUGCGCUGGACCUGCUGGUGAACCUAAACAAAUUGGUGACACAUGGAAAAGUGGUUGCAAGCAGUGCAGCUGUGACAAGAACACUCUGAGUGUUGUGUGCCAGCCUAUAGUGUGCCCUACACAAAAACCAAUAAAGUGCACACAGGAUGGCGAAGUGUUGGUAAACCAAACGGUUAAUUGCUGCCAGGAACUAUCAUGUGAGUGUGAUAAGAAUCGUUGUUCAUCACCAACACACGUGUGUGAACCUGGCUUUGAGUUGAAGGUCCAAGUCUCCAGUGAAAACUGCUGCCCAGUCUACAGUUGUGAACCAAAGGUUGUAUGUGUCUACAAUCACACAGAGUAUAAGCCGGGUACGAACUUCUCCAAAAGCCUAUGCGAACACUGCCACUGUACCGAUAAACAGGAUCCCAAAACUAAGCUGAACACCAUGGAGUGUCAUCAAAUACAGUGUUCCAGUUCUUGUAAAGAGGGUUACGUGUAUGUAGAUCAGCCUGGACAAUGCUGUGGAUCAUGUAUACAGACAAGCUGUAUUGUUGACGUCCCGGGCUUGAAAACCCCUGUAAUUCUGAAGCCUUCACAGUCAUAUUCACCACCAAACGACAACUGUACCACAUAUGACUGCCAGAAGGUGAAGGAUGAAUUCGUUGUUUCCAGAAACCAAACUUCAUGUCCUGUGUUUGAUCCUGAAAACUGUGUUCCAGGAACAGAAAUGAGUGACAUGAAUGGAUGCUGCAGAACCUGUACACCACGUUACAACUGUCAGCUGCACAGGAACAACACCAAACUGUACACUAAGAACUGCGAGUCAGUUGAGCCAGUGGAGCUCACAUCCUGUGAAGGAUCUUGUGGAUCAUCCGGGUCAAUGUACUCAGCGGAGGCCAACAGUCUCAUGCAUUCGUGUACCUGCUGCCGAGAGAUUGCCACCAGGAAGAAAGAAGUGGAGAUGAAGUGUCAAGAUGGCAGCAAAAUUAAACAGACAUACAUUUCAGUUGACAAGUGUGGCUGCCGAGUUGCUGAAUGUAAAGAGUGGGCUAAACGUUGAAGGGACACAUGAAAAAGCAAAAACUGGAUAUUAAGCUCUUUAGGGGAAACUGAUUAAUAAUGUUUUACAAUUUCUAUAAGCGCUUGCAUGCUAAUGCUUUGAAAAACACUGCUGUGUGGAUUGAACAGAUUGAAAAACGUUUUGAAAAGCAGAGAUGUGCUGGUCUUAUAAAUUUCCAUAGGGUGCAAUAGCUUUCUUUAACUUUUAAUGCAUAUUAACUUUUUGAGUGGCAGGAAACUGCUGCAUGCGCUGUUUUGAACUUCUGUCUUUUGCUUUAGUAAAAUUCUAAUUCAUCAGUGA